CAGGAAAAGUCGUUCAGUACGGAAGAGGAGUGUUUGCUAGCAGUUUAUUAGCUGCUUACAGUGUUUUUAUCGCCAAUUUACUUUUUAAACUGCUUGGACGCUAAGAUGUGCAACGGCUGUGUCCAAAAAGAGUACCCUGACCGAGGGAACACUUGUCUGGAGAAUGGCUCCUAUCUGAUGAACUACCUGAGCUGUGCCAGCUGCCACCAGAGGGACUUUGUGCUGAUCAGUAAUAAAGCCACAGAGGAUGAAGAUGGAGAGGAGAUUGUCACAUACGACCAUGUUUGUAAAAACUGUGACCAUGUUAUCGCCAGACAUGAAUACACUUUCUCUGUUGAUGAUGAGUAUCAGGAGUACACUAUGCUUUGCAUGCUGUGUGGAAAGGCAGAGGACUCCAUCAGUGUGUUGCCAGAUGAUCCCAGACAGUCCGCUCCUCUCUUCUAGAGCUCAAGAAGCACCGAACCUGCAGGUCAUCGUUCCCUUAAUAGAUCAGCUAUCCCCACGCUGAUGGAUGUGCCGCUGGCUGCUCACUUCUGGCCCCUAUCAUUUUUAUCAUACAUUCAGAGUUUCAUGCAUGUCUUCAAUUGAGCGCACAGUAUUUUAAAUACUUAAUGGAUUAAUAUAUGCUCAUAGCAGUUGAGCAGGAAACAACUUUUUAUAUUUAAAAAAAUCCCCUUUAUGACAAAAUCUAAACAUCCUGUGUGUCAUUUGACUAUAUUGUGUAAAUAAACAUUUUUAUACUAUGCUUUUUACUCAGUAAUAUCUGAUGUUACAAAGUCAGAAUGGCAUAAAGGAAGCCUACUGUGCAGCUGUAUAUCCAGAUAAAAUUAUUGUAUACAGUGCAGUGACUGCUCACCGCUCCUAAUGCUUAGGAUGGGUGCAAAUGCAAAGACUGAGUCU